AUGGCGAAUCAAGUGAUCUCCGGAAUCAAGGAAACAGCUCAAUCGAUCACCGGAGCAGCUCGUCCAUGGAACGAUUUCCUCGACUUUUCCGCUUUUAGCUUCCCUUCCUCCGUAGCCGAUGCAACAAGUCGCUUAACUCAGAACUUGACUCACUUCCGCAUCAACUACACACUCAUUCUCUCUAUCCUCUUAGCUUUAACCCUAAUCACACGCCCGAUUGCUAUCCUCGCUUUCGUCGCCGUCGGAUUAGCUUGGUUCUUCCUCUAUUUCGCCCGCGAGGAGCCACUCACGAUCUUCGGUUUCACCGUCGACGACGGAGUAGUGGCGGUGCUUCUGAUCGGCCUCACGAUCGCGUCGCUAGUUAGUACCGGAGUUUGGCUAAGAGCUCUCACAACCGUUGGAUUCGGCGUUCUGAUUUUGUUAAUUCACGCAUCGCUAAGAGGAACGGAGGAUCUUGUGACGGACGAUUCUGAAUCUCCUUAUGGACCGAUGCUCGACGGUGGUGCGCGUGGUGAUUACAGUGGAAUUUGA